UCCGCUACCUACGGCGACUUUAGCAAAGGCAGCACAGAAGCCAAAUUUGAAUCGGUAUAGAACAAUUAAAAUGUGUUUUUGAACACAGGGUAAGGUGGUGCGAGCACAUGUCAGAGGCCCUGGAGGAGGUUUUUGCGUAGGUUUAUGAAGAUUCUAGAAUAAAAUAAACAGUCUGUUGCUGUAGUAACGAACGCAACUUUCACAUGCAUCUGAUAAACCGCGCUUUUUGUUGUUAAUGUUGUGGAUAUUGUUUAAAGAAGGAAAAACGUUACAUGUCUAUUUCAGAUGCUUAUUAUUUCGCCAUAAAGGCAGUCUCGAAUGACCGUGGGUUUGCUUCUCACGUAGGCUAAUAUCUAUGGUUUGGCCAAUUGACACACAGAGUCAAGCUUUUAAAAUUGGUGCAAAUUUAGCAUUAUUUAACAUUUUAUUGGUAUGCAGCAAUUCCAAUGUAAUCAUACAAAAUCUUCAAAUAUCCAAAUAUCCUAAUAUUACAUUUGUAUAGCAUACCAACUAAAACUAUUUAAAAAAAAAAUGUACCAUCUAAAAUGCAAAUCGUUCCAAACAAACAGUGGAACGAGAAUGCAAGCUGCAGUUUCUCCGACCGAAUCAGACACGCUGGAGCUCCCUGUUCCUCGCUGUUCCCCUGAGGUUUUUUUUCUCGAUGGGAGUUUUGGGUUCCUCACCACCGUUUGCAUAUUGUUUUGCACUAUCUGCCUGGCCGGGGGGGCUGCUUUAGAAUUCAUACUUGUAUUAAAUGUGUCUCAUGUACAGCUGCUUUGUAACAAUGAAAAUUGUAAAAAGCGCUAUAUAAAUAAAGUUGAGUUGAGUUGAGUUGAGAAAGGAUUGUGCGCAUUCUCCGAGAGCAAGGAGAACAAGCAAUUCGCAAUGUUUGCACAGCAUUAAAGAUAAAGAUGUUCAAUCCAGCUGAAAUGGGUUUUUUUGUCGAGUAUGCUGCUGUGAUGAAGCCUGCUGCCAUGGCCCUUAAUAUCCUCCAAGGGGAAUCAUCUGCGCAUAUGGGCCUCCUGCUGCCAACACUUUACCAGUUGCGGGACAAGCUGAAGAGGUUGGAGUCAUCUUGUAAAAUGUGUACAUCUCUUGUUCACACCCUGCAGCAAGGGAUCCAGAAACGUUUUGGAGACGUCAUGAAAGAGCCUGAGCUGAUUGCAGCAGCAAUACUCCUAACAAGAUUCAGAACAUCCUGGACCACAGAGGAGAUCAUCUUAAAUGCUGGCCUUGAUUACAUCAGAAAUCACCUCGACACCGACUUGGAUGAUAUCACCAGCACAAACAGCAGCCUCUCUGAUGAAGACGACUUCUUUGCAUCCAUGGAGUUGGAAAAAUCACAAGUAGGAGAGCUGGAGAGGUACCUUUCAUGUAUGUCCCCUGCAGGUAUGGAUCUACUCCACUCCUUUCCUCACAUCAAGAAGCUGUCACUCAAACUCAACACAGGUCUUCCUGCAUCUGCAGCCUGUGAGAGACUUUUCAGUCAUGCAGGACUCCUGUUCACUGCUAAACGAUCACAGCUUCACAGCAAGAACCUUGAGAGCCAACUACUGUUGAAGCUUAAUAGUGACAUCACCGAGUAA